GUGCUGCCUAUAUAAUAAUCACCAGGCUAAGGACUGUAUUGACUCCUUUGUUACUCACUGUGUUCGGCCGUUCUGCAGUCUUAUUCAGAUCCACGGACAUAACAGAGCUCGACAGAGAGAUAAGCUUGGUCAUAUUCUUGAGGAAUUUGCUACCUUACAGGAUGAGGCAGAGAAGGUUGAUGCAGCGCUUCACACUAUGCUGUUGAAACAGGAACCUCAAAGGCAGCAUUUGGCCUGUUUAGGAACCUGGGUCCUUUACCAUAACCUUCGAAUUAUGAUACAGUAUCUCCUAAGUGGCUUUGAAUUGGAACUGUAUAGCAUGCACGAGUACUACUACAUAUACUGGUAUCUCUCUGAAUUCCUUUAUGCAUGGUUGAUGUCAACACUGAGUCGGGCUGAUGGCUCUCAAAUGGCAGAGGAAAGGAUAAUGGAAGAACAGCAGAAAGGCCGUAGCAGUAAAAAAACAAAGAAAAAAAAGAAAGUUCGCCCUUUGAGCCGAGAGAUCACAAUGAGCCAGGCCUAUCAGAACAUGUGUGCUGGAAUGUUUAAAACAAUGGUGGCAUUUGACAUGGACGGCAAAGUACGCAAACCCAAGUUUGAGCUUGAUAGUGAGCAAGUUCGGUAUGAACACAGGUUUGCUCCAUUCAAUAGUGUGAUGACACCACCACCGGUGCACUACCUACAGUUCAAGGAAAUGUCUGACCUCAAUAAAUAUAGCCCUCCUCCUCAAUCUCCAGAACUGUAUGUAGCAGCUAGUAAGCACUUUCAACAGGCAAAAAUAAUAUUGGAAAAUAUCCCCAGCCCAGACCACGAGGUCAAUAGAAUUUUAAAGGUUGCCAAGCCCAACUUUGUGGUUAUGAAGUUGCUGGCAGGAGGACACAAAAAAGAAUCAAAGGUUCCUCCUGAAUUUGAUUUCUCUGUUCACAAAUAUUUUCCUGUUGUGAAACUUGUUUGAGGGACUGAAAAGGUAACCAUAAAAGGGUAGAAUCUGCAUUCAGAUUCCAUCCAUCAGUCUUACUACAUGACGCGAAAUGAAAUGGAUUCUUGGAUAACAGCCCAUUAUAAGGAAUACUUUUAAUUUGACAGCCUUACAUGACAUGAGUGAAAACUGCUGUUUUAAAGUGGUUUAUUAUGUUCCAUGGAUGAAACUGUUCUUACUGAAUGCAUUGAUGAACGUUAUAUGGUUUUAUUACAGAUUUAAUCAUAAAUCAUUUUUUAUGAAUGAGUGAAAAUAGUGUUUGUAAAGGUUAAUAAAUUUCUUGACAAAAAUGCAUUACUGGAGAUGAAAAACAGUAUGGUUCUGUUGAUACAUGCUAAGAACUGAAGGUGUUUGCACAUUCCCAUAUCAGCAGUUUAAAAACAAAUUAUCCAAAAGAACUUUCAAGUCCUGGGAUUUAUUAAACACUUAGA